AUGCAUAUCCGUCUUCGAAUCAUUUUUAGCGAUGGAACGGCCUGGCUUGCUCGGAUACUCCGAACAAACUAUACUUCAUUCCCAGAUGAGUGCAGCAAUCUCUGCUUGAAGAGCGAAUGCGCCACUUUGGAAUGGCUUAAGGAUAUAAACGUGCCGUCGCCUAAACUCUUCGACUUCGGUCUACGCAAUGACCCCGAGAAUGAUGUUGGCGUUCCGUAUAUGCUGAUAGAGGAACUCCCUGGGACACCGUUGCUUUCCCUUAGCCCGUCAGAAGACCAACCGCAAAAUAUACAAUAA